AUGGGAAGGCGGAAGUCAAAACGAAAGCCUCCACCAAAGAAGAAGCUCACUGAGCCUUUGGCCGAACAAUUUAAUUGUCCUUUUUGUAGUUACAAUAGCUCCUGUGAAGUAAAAAUGGACAAAAGGCGAAACUUGGCAAAAAUUACAUGUCGCGUUUGCCAAGAAGAUUUCAAAACAAUAAUUCAUUAUCUCUCUGAGCCCAUUGAUGUGUAUAAUGAUUGGAUUGAUAUGUGCGAGGCAAAAAAUUAA